AUGAAUGACAAUGACGUUCUAAAACUAGCCCACGAAAUCUACUUCAACAACCAAACAAAGAAGUUCAGCCUUGAACAUGCGUGGAACGAGCUCCGCAACGACCAGAAGUGGUGUGAGCUCGCUACCUCUAAAACUGAAAGUAGCUCCAAAAGGAGGAAGUUCGCUGACGGUUCGCAUUCAGGAGCAAGCUCUCAAGUCAAUGAAUGCGAUGCUGGUGUAGAAGGAACAUCUCGUCCCUCUGGUGUUAAGGCUGCAAAAGCUCGUGGAAAGAAGCCGCAGGUUGAGGGGCAAGAUGUGUCUGAUUAUCAGCUCAUGUGGAGCAUCAAGAAGGAUGACUUGGCAAUGAAGCAACAGCUCUCCAAGAUGAGGGUACUUGAGAAGCUUCUUGCAAAGGAGAAUCUAGCUGAUUAUGAAGAAGAUCUCAAGAAAAAGCUUAUAAAUGAGUUAAUGUAA